GUCCAUUUCCUGCACAUUGUAGCAACAAUCAGAGAAACUGAAAGGAGCUGGCCCUCUUAAGGCACAGACUUUAUACACCUACCAGUCAAGUGGAAGUGGAGCAGGAACUGUGUGGGAACCACUGUUUCAGCAUGAAUAAACAGUGCCCAGAGACUCCCAUACUACAGAAGUGAACAUUGGUGGAGGUAACAGAGCAGAGUUGGAGCCCGUGGGCUGCUAUAGUGGUUGCACAGCAACCAAGUCCAGGAAAUACGGCACUGUAGCUCUACUCAGCUGGCUGCUCUCAUUCCAGAGCUCGUCGGAUAAGGAAACCAAACAUGGCAUCUUCUAUGAGGAGCUUGCUCUCAGACCACAGCCGAUAUGUCGAAGCUUUUCGUCUGUUCCUUGAGAAUUCGACAGAGCACCAAUGCAUGCUGGAAUUCGUUGAGAAGAAGCUGCCGGGCAUAAUAUCGAGCAUUGGAAGUGGAAAGUCUGCCAUCAAUAUUCUAAGUGUAGGUGGUGGUUCAGGUGAAAUUGACCUUCAGAUUCUCUCAAAAGUACAGGCUAAAUAUCCAGGAGUUACCAUUAACAAUGAGGUGAUAGAGCCAAGCGGUGAACAAAUCCUCAGCUACAAAGAACGUGUAGCUAAGACACCGAACCUUGAGAACAUAAAGUUUACCUGGCAUAAGGAGACGUCGUCUGAAUACAAAAGUCGAAUGAAUGAGAAAAAAGUGCUUAAGAAAUGGGACUUUAUUCACAUGAUUCAGAUGCUCUACUAUGUAAAAGAUAUCCCUGCUACUAUUAAAUACUUUCACAGUCUGCUGGAAGCUAAGGCUAAGCUCCUUAUUAUUCUCGUAUCAGGAACCAGUGGCUGGGCCAGGCUGUGGAAGAAAUAUGGACCUCGCUUACCUCUGAACGAUCUUUGCUUAUAUGUUUCAUCUGCUGACAUCAAAGAGCAACUCAAUACAAUAGGGCUGAAGUAUCAGGUCUAUGAGCUUCCAUCCACUAUGGACAUAACUAAUUGUUUUAUCAAAGGGAACAAAGAGGGGGAGCUGCUGAUGGAUUUUUUGACAGAAACCUGCUAUUUUAGUAAAACCUCUAGUCUAGACCUAAAAAAUGAAAUAAUGGAAGAACUUAAAAAGCCUGAAUGCAGUGAAGAGAAAGAUGGAAAGGUUUUUUUUAACAACAACUUGAGUGCAAUAGUGAUUGAGCCAUGAUUAAGAUCUACUGGAUUUCUCAGUCCAAAAACAAAUGAUCAUAUACAAACAGUUAACCACUUAAAUGUCUGUCUGUGUUUCAUACUCUAUCAAUUAAGUUUACUAGGGUAUGGCUGAAAGAGUUUAUAAACAGUUAGGAAAUUAAUAUUAAUAGGUGUGACAAAUGCACAUUAAUACAUUACUAAUUCUUCAAAAAUAUAUUAAUACAUAACUUGCUAGUCAGCAAGUUAUACUUUCUUAUAUGGUAGUUCUAUAAUCAGAAUACAUAUAACUAGCACCAUUAAUCAAAGCCCAGCAAAUGCAAAACAAUGCACUUCUGAUGGAUGGGUAAGGAGUAAUACUGACCUUGAACGGAUAUCAUUAUAAUUUAAAUAUGCUAUCCAGCCAAAUAGUUUUUUAAAUGAAGUAUGUUUGGAAAUCUCCAGUAGAACUCCUCAACCUCGCUUACAAAACUCUUCCCCCAUAACUACCGAUCCUUGGAUUGGUUCCUCUGCUACUGAUGUGGUUUUGAAGUUGUUGCAACACUGCCUUCAAAACAACAUACUUCUG